AUGUCGAUAAAUACAAUUCCUGCGCCUCUGGCUGGGAAAGUCGCUUUGGUCACGGGCGGGUCGCGAGGCAUCGGCCGCGGCAUUGCGAUCCAUUUCGCGGCAAGAGGCGUUUCCAAGAUCGCCAUCACUUAUGCCGGGGACUCGUCUGCCGCAAACGAGACUCUGGCGGCAAUUGGCAAAAUUGACCCAGAUAUCACGGUCACCGCCAUACGGGCGGAUGUCCUCUCACCGACUUUCGCAUCCGACCUGGUGUCCAAGGUGCUCCAGGACCUCUCGACGCGAACCGUCGACAUCAUCGUGUGCAAUGCGGCCUAUGUUAACCCAAGCAUUGUGGCGCCCACCGUCACAGUGACCAAGGAACUCUUCGACAACCUCAUGAUGGGCAACGCGUGGGCUCCCGUGCAGCUUUUUCUGACAGCGUUGCCCCAUCUGCCGCAAAGCGGUCGCGUCAUCAUGGUCGGCAGCACCGCGUCCAAGACGCCGAAUGCGGACCCCGCGGUGUGCUACGGCGCGUCCAAGGCCGCCCUGGACAGCUUCACACGGAGCCUCGCUCUGAUCUUCGCGGCCCGGCACGGCAUUACCAUCAACUCGGUGUCGGUGGGCCCGGUGAUGACGGACUUGCUGAAGAUUCCCCUCGAGCAGGGCAUUCUACCGGACAGAUACAUCCCGGAUCUGGUGAGCAGGAACACCGCAGAGAAGAGGAUGGGCGAGGUCGAGGACAUCGCGGCCAUCGUCGGCUUUCUGGCGAGCGAGGAGAGCAGGUGGAUCAACCGGAACAACGUCCCGGCGAAUGGCGGCGCUGUGCUCGAGAUCCAGGGGUAG